GGCUGGGGUGGCGGGGAGGCUGCUUGGGGCUGGGGGCUCUUAUGCCUUGGGCGCGCGUCUUCCCCGGCGAGCUCCUCCAGGUCGCGUGAAGCCUUCGGAAACCCUCUGAAGCUAAUGGAGAAAUGGCUCGGUGAUUGGGUGACUGGCUUGGGCUGGGGGCAGCUGGAAUUUGAGGGGGGCACACGAAGGGUUUCGCAGGGCCAGGAGGGCAAGCAUCCUCGCUUCAUGGCCUUCCCUCCUAUUCCUAAGCUUCUGGGUGUGAGCGUUUUCCAAGCAAGCCCCGGCGAGGGAGGAAGAGCAAAGAGUAGAUUCUCACGUUAUGCAUUUCGAGGAAUUUGGUUUCUUUGUGAUAGGUGUGUGCUGAGCCAAGAUGAGCUGGAGUUUCCUCACCCGCCUCCUUGAGGAGAUCAACCAGCACUCGACCUUUGUGGGGAAGGUGUGGCUGACUGUGCUGAUUGUCUUCCGCAUUGUCCUGACGGCGGUGGGAGGCGAGUCCAUCUACUACGAUGAGCAGAGCAAGUUUGUGUGUAACACGCAACAGCCGGGCUGCGAAAACGUAUGUUACGACGCCUUUGCCCCACUUUCGCACGUCCGCUUCUGGAUCUUCCAGAUCAUCAUGAUAGCCACACCCUCAGUGAUGUACCUGGGCUUUGCGUUGCACCGCCUCUCACGCCAGCCACCUCGGAAAAGCCGCGCCCCCGUGGUGCACCGCGGCGCCGGCCGCGACUACGAGGAGGCCGAGGACAAUGGUGAGGAGGACCCCAUGAUCUUUGAGGAGGUGGAGCCCGAGAGGGAAGUGAAGGAGCCUGAGAGCCAGAAGCACGACGGCCGCCGGCGCAUCAAAAAAGAUGGGCUGAUGACUGCGUACGUGCUACAGCUGCUGUGCCGCUCAACUUUUGAGGUGGGCUUCCUGCUGGGGCAGUACGUGCUGUACCGUUUCGAGGUCAUGCCCUCGUACGUCUGCACCCGCAGCCCCUGCCCUCACACAGUGGAUUGCUUUGUCUCCCGCCCCACGGAGAAAACCAUCUUCCUCCUCAUCAUGUACGCCGUGAGCGGCCUUUGUCUCCUGCUCAGCAUCUGUGAGCUGUUUCACCUGGGCUUCGGCGGGAUUCGGGAUGCCCUGCGCGGCCAUGAUAGUAAGGAUGGUGGUGACACCACCCGGUCCCAGUAUGUCCAGAAGCAUCCCAGUGCACCCCCAACCUACCUUUCUCUCAAGAAGGAGACCUCCAAGAGACAGCUAGCCAAAGACAAGCUGGGCUACGGUGGAGAGAGCUUGGCUGGGCUGGCCGCCAACCGCUAUGCUGUCGCACCGAACGUCCCGAGCCAUGAGUUGGAGCGACUGCGCAAACACCUCCGGAUGGCACAGGAGCACCUAGAAAUGGCCUUCCACCUGCAGCCGGAGGACACGGCCAGCCCCUCUCGUAGCAGUAGCCCCGAGUCCAAUGGGCUGGCUGCAGAACAGAACCGCCUCAACUCAGCCCAUGAGAAAGAAGGUGCAGCCUGUGAGCGACCGACUGGCCUCUGAAGUACUGGGCCUCACUGGGCAGCUGCACAGAUGACAACAGGAAGUAUCUGUGGAGAAUUGGCAGUGUGUGAAUGUCUGCUCCUAGCCUGAAGUUUGGAAACGCCUGGACAGAGUGGGUGGAGGGACGAGGAUGUUCUCUGAUUUUUGUUGGGUUGAGGGCAAGGAAGGGAAAUGAUGGAAGCCUUCUGAGGGGAACAUUUGGAAGUCUAGCUCCGUGUAUGUAUGCGAGUGUAUGUAUGUGCGAGUGUCUUUUUUUAAAGAAGGUUCUAAAAGGGACACUUAUUUUUUUUUACUUUUAUACAUGUGGUAAAGGUACUAUUUUGUUCUCUUCCUCUGCUGAUUGUCUCCUCUUAGGAGGGAUUUUCAUGUUUUCUCUAGUCAAGCCUUCAUCAACCUGGAGUCUUCCAUGUAUUUUGGACUACCAACUCCCAUCAGCCCCCAGCUAGCACGGCCAUGGAAGUUGAUAGUCCAAAACAUCUGGAAGACUCCCCAAGUGACGAAGGCUGCACUAGUGGGACAGGGAUAGGCAGCUAUGUAGCAGCAUUCACUGUUUUUGUUGGGGUUUACUGUAUAGGGGGGGAGAGCAGAAAGAGGAAUGAGAUGUCCACAACUUUCUUGUCUUCUCUACACAGCCGCACACAGCCUGGUCAUCUCUUUCUCUUUCCCUCUCCCCCGACACCAGAUUUUGCAAGCAGUUGGUGGUUGGGCCAAAGAUAAUUGUACUACAUUCCAAGAUGCCAGUUUCUAAACGGCAUCUGCCUUCCUGCCCUCUAUGGGGUGCCGUGCUGGGUUCCCCAAUGAAUUGCAACGGGGCCCCAGUCACGUUUUGAUCAUCUCAGCGAUCAACAUGAAUUGUGUUUGUAUUUUUUGUCUUUUUUAUAAUUUGCGGAAAUAGUUAAUGAAAUUGUGUGUUUUUUGCUCUUUUAUAUGAAUAUAUAUAUAUAUAUAUUUGGUAUAAAUCAGGAGAUUUGUUUUAUAGGAAUCCUGAGUUCCUGACUCUUUGUUUGUGUGUCCAUGGAGGGGAGGGAGGUUUGGACAGUGAUGUGCCUGUAUGAAUCCUUCACUGCAGUCUUAAAAACCUCACUGACCACAUGAAACAAAGACUGGGUGAGUUGGAUGGGAAGGGAUCAAUUCAGCACUCUGGGUGUCUCGCUGGAUGACUGGCCUUGGAGCCAAGGCAGGGAAAGACCAGGCCAUUAAGAAGAGGCAGGAACCAGUCACCCUGUUGGCAUGACAACCAUGGGUGUGUUCACUUGUGUUUCUGCCAAUCACAGGAAAUUUCUCACUGGGGCAUCCUUUUAAUGCUUGCCUUUCAGCCAACAC